AUGCCCGAAUGGCAGAAGUGGGUGACCGACAAUGGCCGCUCGGUGCACGAAUCGGAGAAUAAGGUUGCCUUGCUCGGCAUCGAAAAUAUCCUCUACUUUUGUCCGCCGCUACGCGAGGCGGUGAUGCAGGUGGAUGCAGCGGGCGUGUCGCCUGUCGUGAGACAGAACGACACGCUGCACUCGUCGCUCGUACGUCUCUUCCAUGCCAUUGCCCUGGGCUCGGCGCGUGUGGCUGCCGAGGCGGCGCAGGGGCCGCCCAAGCCCACGAAUCCGUCGGGAGCGCCCACGAUUUAUACGCAAACGGUCAACCAGGACGCGAUCAAGUCGUUCCUAGAGACCCUGAUGCGCAAUUGUGAUCUCUUUGACAGCAGCAUGCACCACGACGCGCAUGAGUUCCUCAAUUAUAUUCUCAACCAAACGGGUGAGGACCUCUCUGCGAUCCGUGCCAAGCGCGGCAAGGCGCAGAGCCCCCGAGGUGCCAUCGGCCCGGCACAGGACGCAUUCUCGGCAAGUGCCGCUGACGAUACCCAAAAGACGUAUGUGUACCAUCUUUUCCAAGGGAUCCUCACCAACGAGACACGCUGUCUAACAUGUGAAACGAUCUCCUACCGCGACGAAGAAUUUUUGGACCUGUCGAUCAAUGUCUCGCCCUUUACGUCCGUCUCAUCGUGCCUGCGUCAAUUUUCCGAAAGCGAGAUGCUGUGCGGCCGAAACAAGUUCUUUUGCGACUCGUGCUCGAGCUUGCAAGAGGCAGAAAAGAGGAUGAAGAUUCGGCACUCGCCCAACAUUUUGGCCUUGCACCUCAAGCGGUUCAAGUGGGACGAAAAGGCUCAGGCAUACGUGAAGCACGCGUGUCGCGUCGUGUUUCCGUUCGAUUUGCGCCUGUUUAACACUUCGGACCAGUCGGACAAUCCCGAUCGCUCGUACGAACUCUUUGGUAUCGUGAUCCACGUCGGAGCCGGCGCGCACCAGGGCCACUACAUCUCGGUCGUAAAGAUCGGCAACCGCUGGGCCUUGUUUGACGACGAAACGGUGGAGUUUAUUGCCGAGUCGGAUAUCGCCAAGUACUAUGGCGACUCGCCGGAAAUCGGCAGCGCCUACGUCUUGUUCUACCGUGCGACCGAUCUGGACAUGAAGCCGCGCCGUGCGCGGCUCGAGCAGCGGCCGCCCGUGCCGAGUGCCGCACCGAGCACGCUGUCUACCGCACCGCAGCCGAGUGCACCGCAGCCGAGUGCACCGCAGCCGCAGACGCAGACUGUGCAACAGAGAGUGCCGGUUAUCGCGCCAGUCGCCUCGCCGGUCGCCUCGCCGGUCGCCGCGCCGGUCGCCGCGCCUGCACUCCAGCCGCUUUCGUCGAGUAGCGAGAGCGCAGGCGGCGGUGCGUACGUCGCGCCGCGGGCUAUUCCGUUGCCGGUCGCCUCACACGGCGCGCCGGCACCCAUCGCGCUUGCGCCGCCGAUCAUCAGUGAUGGUGCGCAAGGUGUGCAGCCUGCGCCCGCGCUCUUUGCAAACGUGCCGUCGCCUACGAUUCCGACCAAGCUGGAUGCGUCUGCGCCCAUGGCCGUGCCUGCGAUGCAAGCGAUGCCGCCUGCGCCCCAGGUGCAUGCUCCGUCGGCGCACGAGUCGCCCGACGUUCCGAGCGUGUCCGAGGCGCCUGCGCCCGCGAUGCCGCGCUCGCACACGAUCAGCGACCUGUUCUCGCCGCUAAAGAGUAGCGAGCAGCGCCGACCGAGGGAAGAGGCGCCGACCAAGCGCUCCUUCUUUGGCCGUUCUGGACUGAGUCGGACCUUAAAGCUGGAUCGUUCCGAGAAGAGUUAG